AUGCUAUUACAGAGGAUACAGUUGGCUCAUAUAUACAAGCCUCAUAUUGGAAGUUUUGGAGGUGUUUUAAGGAGCCUAACAGCUUUUCCACAAGGUGGUGUAUCUUAUUAUGCUACCAAAGCUAAGAAACAAAAGACUAAGGGUAAAAAGAGCUCUAAAGAUAAAAGUAAAGAAGAAGAGAUAAAAAUAGAAUCAAGAAAGUCCUUCUUGUUAGAUUGGUAUAGGGUAUUAGUAGAUUCAAAUCAGUUACUAUUAUUUGUACGACAUGAAAAGUUGGAUUUAAGCUCCCAGAAUUUUAUUAAAGAUCAUCUAGUUCGCGGUAAACAUAAUGGUAAAUUUACAGUUAUUAGAAAUAACUUGUUUAAAUUAGCAUUGGCUCGCCCAAUAAUUGAUCCAGCUUUGACUAGGAAAGCAAAAUCGAAAUUUUUAAAUUCCAGGAAGGAAACCUCGAAUUCUAUCACCCCUCUCUUAAAGGGACCAACUGGGGUUGUCGCUAUACCAUUAGCAGAUCCCAAAGCCACCCGUUCUGUAUUACGUCUUGUUCGUAAUGAAAUACCUGAAAGUUUGGAAAUACUGGGUGGUAUGGUUGACGGUCAAUUUUUUAAUGUUCAACAAUUGGAAACCUUUCAAACUCUACCAACUCACGCACAAUUACAUGGUCAAUUAUUAUAUAUUCUACAGCAAUCAUCAUCGUUGGUAUCUUUAAUACAAAAGCCUGUAGGAUUAUUGUCUAACGUUUUAGAUGCACGUUUAAAAAUGGAAGAGGAAAAUAAAGUUUAA